AACAAUUACUAGUUUAUUACUUUAUUUUCAUUUCGAAAAAGAAAAGAAGAACUCCUUAUCAUCUUUCUGAAAGACUGAACCGGCUUCUGUUUGGGAAAGGCCAUUAUCCUUAACAGAGUCCAUGUGAUGUCGUUGCUGCUGCCACUACCUCAACCUUCCGCAACACUUUCUCCAUUCACCGUCGUUACUUCCACUCUUCGCCUUAAACCCUUACCCUCCCUUAAACCUCCACGUUCCACUCCAAACUCCACACUUUCCAUUUCCGUCUCUCCACCAACAACUGAUUCAAAUGUAACCACUCCAAAGAAGGUUCUUCUUCCAAUCGGUUUCGGCACCGAGGAAAUGGAAGCCGUUAUCUUAAUUCACGUCCUCCGUCGUGCCGGUGCUAAUGUUACCGUAGCUUCUGUUGAGCCUCAACUUCAAAUUGAAGCUGCCGGAGGUACCAAAUUAGUUGCCGACACUUCAAUUUCCAAUUGCUACGAUCAAAUUUUUGACCUCAUAGCUUUACCGGGUGGAAUGCCUGGUUCAGCAAGAUUAAGGGAUUGUGAUGUGCUGAAAAGAAUCACAUGUAAACAAGCUGAGGAAAAUAGGCUCUAUGGUGCUAUUAAUGCUGCUCCUGCUGUCACCCUUUUGCCUUGGGGUCUUUUGAAGAGAAAGAAGGUAACCUGUCACCCUGCAUUUUUCCACAAGCUUCCAACGUUUUGGGCGGUUAAAACAAACAUUCAGGUUUCAAAAGGGCUGACAACCAGCCGCGGCCCUGGAACUGCUUACAUGUUUGCUUUAACCUUGACUGAGCAGCUAUUUGGGGAGUGUGUUGCAAGGGAGGUUGCUGAAUUCUUGUUGAUGAGAACUGAUGACGAUAAUGUAUCCAAGAAGGAGUUCAAUGAAAUUGAGUGGUCUGUUGGCCACCAUCCCCCUACUGUUCUCAUCCCAAUUGCACAUGGUUCUGAAGAGAUUGAAGUAGUGACACUGAUAGAUAUUCUAAGGAGAGCAAAAGCCAAUGUCAUAGUUGCUUCUGUUGAGAAAACUCUUGGUGUCAUGGCUUCUCAAGGAACCAAAAUUGUUGCUGAUAAAUUAAUUAGUGAUGUUAAAGAGUCAGCACAUGAUUUGAUUAUUCUCCCGGGAGGAACUGCUGGCGCUCAAAGGCUAAGCAAAUCUAGAAUUCUGAAAAAGCUUCUCAAAGAACAAAAUUCAGCUGGAAGAAUAUACGGAGCCGUCUGCUCCUCACCUGCUAUUUUACACAAACAAGGUUUACUUAAGGACAAGAAAGCCACAGCUCAUCCCUCUGUCUUAGACAAGCUUGAAGAUGGAGCUGUAAAUGAUGCCGUGGUAGUUAUUGAUGGCAAACUGAUCACUAGUGAGGGACUUUCCACUGUUACGGAUUUUGCGUUGGCUAUUGUGGGCAAGUUAUUUGGGAAUGGAAGAGCAAGAAGUGUAGCAGAAGGUCUUGUUUUUGCGUAUCCCAAGAAAUAGAGCAUGUAGUUUUAAUUACUUUGUUGGGGAUUAGGUUACAUAGAAAAAGUAUAGAUAGUGUACCUCCCAGCCCUGAUUUGUUUUCAGGCUGUACCAAACUCAUAUCUCCUUUUGCUCCUCGUGCUGAAUAGUUGAAUGAUACUACCCAUCACCAUCUCCUCUGAGUCUCAUUUUUCGAGGGAUGGUUGUACAAGAAAAAAUACCUGCAGGUUACACGAAAUUAGAACCUUAGUUUCAACAUGGUUGAACAUGUGAUGUGAUUCUACACCUCAAGGCAUUGUUGUCAAGUAUAAUUUCCAAA